UUAACGACGAGCAACUUAAUAUCUAUUUCUACAGGAUGUUUUAUCUGGUAUUCAUCGGCGACAAGUGUUCAACUCCAGGCCAUUUUCAACAUGGGUGGGAUAAAAGGUAACGUCAUGUUCUACCAGUCGCAACAAGGUAGUCCCACAAGUAUCUCACUUAACUUAACAGGUAUCGAGAAUGAAACCCUGACUUGGGAUGUUCGACAACUUCCAAUGAUUUACGAUGGUAAUGCAGCUAUGAGUUGCAGUCCAAGCGUAGUUGGAGAUCUGUUUGAUCCUGCGAUGGCCAUGAAAUCUGCAGACUACAAUAGCUCGUGCAGUCAAUCAAGUUCUUCAAGAUUUCAAGUAUGUGCCACUGGUGACUUGACAGGAAUGCUGGGAGCUAUAAAUGCCAGCAACGCACAGAAAAAUUUUACAGACCAGAAUUUGACUGUUCCUAUCAGAGGGGCCAACAGCAUCAUGGGCAGAACACUUGUUCUUUACAAGGAUGGCACACCAAGGGCUUGCUCACUGAUUAGCCCGGAUAAAGUUAUGCUUACAGCAGUAGCUGUCUUCACUAUGCCGGUUGCUGGUUUUGUGUAUCUGCGGCAAGCUGAUGAGAGCGCAGAUACAACUAUAUUCGUUAACCUUUUCCAUUCCAACGAUGCUCAAUCUGGUAGACGGGUUACAUGGCAGAUAAACCAAGCAUCAGCUACUUGCGGAAUGCCCGGUGACGUUUUCAAUCCUGAAAACAGAGACAGGCAAAAUUGUAGCCAGCAGUUAGAACACGAAAAAUGUCUGAUUGGUGAUUUGACUUCCAAGCAUGGAAACAUCACUGUCUCCAUGGCAACAAGAGGACAGUCCAAAACCAAAGUGGCCUUUACCGACACCAACCUUCCACUUACUGGUGUCAAAAGCGUUAUUGGCAAGACAAUUACAUUGUUCUCAAGUGACGAUUCAAUGACCCCUUUUGCUUGCGCAAAGAUAAUGCAAGUAAAACCGAGAGUUCUCAUAUCUACUUUCAAAGCCAGUGUUCAUGAUGGUGUAGACGGCUAUUUCAAGUUUACACAGCUCUCUCCCUUCGAUCCCACGAUGACGGAAAUAAGGCUCACUGGAUUAAGAAAGGAGUCUCAGGGAUAUCACAUUCACAACUAUCCCAUGCCAUGGCAAAUGAAGUACACCGGAAUGGAAUCCUGUGCAGGGAGUCACUUAGGAGGACACUGGAACCCCUUUGGCGUGGAUGUCAAGUCCAGUCCUUCGCCUGGAACUGGUAUGUAGCUAAGUACAAUUUUAGCCUCAAUUUUACAAUUUCCUCCUCAUACAAUUCUAAGAGCUGAAACGUCAGACACGCAUGAUAAACAGUUCACGUAUUUUUCCAUACGUUUUCGUGGACCACAAGCCCAUUCAAUUUAUUUAACGAUCACCUCAUCUUCCAUAUUUUUGAUGAUUUCUCAAAAGUUAUCUAGAACGUUACUCCAAACAUCCAUCACAGGGUUACCCAGCCGGUCGUCGGUACCCAUUUAUACCCCUGGGUUCACCACCAAAGUGGAGGAAAUUACUUAUCCAAGAAACCUACUCUGCAGCCUGACUUUAGCCCGGAUCUUCGGAUCUCUCACGAGGUUGUUUUUAACUUUGACACUCCUUUUUUAAUAGGAACGAAUGAUCAGUACGAAAUCGGUGACCUAAGUGGGAAAUAUGGAACUUUUCUUAACCUAACAAGCUACAACGGAACGCAUUUGGACUACAAUCUUCCAUUGUUUGGUAAAAACAGCAUCCAGGGUCGUUCUGUUGUCAUCCAUAAAAUGAAAGUAAUGAACAGCAUGAGAUGGGUCUGUGCAGAUGUCCAUCAGAAAAUGGCUGAAGUGGACAAAAUGUUUGUCAUGAAAACCAAAAUAACUUUUACGGGUCCAGAUGUUAUGGGGUACAUACUUUUGGUAAGUGAGUUUUAUUGCCAUUAUUCUGUCUAAAAACGCGAUCGAGGAGAAAAAAACAAAAACAAACGACCAAAAAAACUUUUCAGAAAAAAAAAACAGCAGAACUAGUUGAUAAUUCUAACUGUCAGAAUUGCUAUUUAUGACACUCUUAAUUUACUUUUAAUGCUUGUAUUCUUAUAGAUAUAUAUAGCGAUACAUUCUUAUCAUACAUUUUCAUAGAUAUAAUUUCAUCACUAUAUUUAUCAUCUUAAGCACUUUAUUUCUGUAUCUGUUUUUGUUGUGUCCCCAAUUAGCUUGUAAGCUAAAUAUCCUGACACGUAAAUAGAGUUUAUUAUUAUUAUUAUUUUGGCAGACCGAUCAUGCUCAAUUGAAACAGUUGUACGAGAUAUUUCUCUGCGCUUGAAAAUAUGGCGUAGCAUUUUUAUGUCCAUCAUAUUUAAAGAUUUGUUUUGUUUUUACUUCUUAAGGGAGCUGUGUCACGAAAUUCAGCCAAAUUAGGAAAUUACAAAAUGCCCGUUAAAUUAAGAGAAACAUAAAAAUAACCACUUUUAACUUUAAAGGAAGGUUAAAAUAACAUAACAGAAACAACAGAUGCCACGGAUGGGCAAAACUGAAAAAGACUGAAACGGAUUGAAAUUAGGGUUUUUGAAAACUCUUCAGCCUAACAGGUUUUUAAAGUUGAUCCCUGCUGCUUGCAACUACAAAAAAUAAUGCUCAGGAGACAUAUUUGUUUGUCUCGCAUCUCUGAUUUUGUCAUUUACAUGUAAUUUCUUUGCUUCUUUUAAGUUCCAUAGUGAUUGAGGGCGCGUAAUUGGCAAAAUGAAACUAAAAAAAAAAACUGGACUGCUGUGACACAGCCCCCCCUGUAAGGUAGUCAAGCGGACAAUGAACCAUGUCCAAUUCACUGAUUUAGUUCAUAUACCGUGGGACAUAUGUACAUAAGUAAAUAUCGAGAUAAGAUUUUCCAGAGCAUUUAUGCAUUUCCAGUCAUGAGAAAAAAAGAGAAGACAAAACAUAUAAUAUCAAAGCAAAGACAAGCAUGCCAAAAUCUUUCACUUAUACAUCAACCUCAUCUAAUUUGUUAUUCAGAUUGACCAUAAAUACACUUAUGCAUAGUCUUGACAACUGUAUCAACUCCACUUUAUAGAUACAGUACAAGACGUCCGAUAGCUCUAUGUCGCCCGAGGAGACAUCGAUUUAUGUUCAUCUGUCGUAUGGGAACGAGGCAAGCAAACAGGUAAAAUAAUAGUUAGCACAACUACUUCUUUGUUCUAUCUGAAACUAGCUGCAUGGUUAGCAUAACUUAGCUUGAGCACACACCAACCGGUUGCAAAUAAGACAAGGAAAAAGAACGCGAGAGUGAAUAAGUUAGCCCGAUGGGAAAAUUGAAAGUGGGUGGGGGUUGUUGGGAGGCCGGAACCUAUUUCCCCUCCCCUUUACCUUCGAUGCUUCGUUUUAGCGCCCUGCCCCCCGAUCGAUAGGCUGCCCGGUACACAGGGUUUGUAGUCUCUGAAAAUAUCAAAAGUUUUUUUACGCCAUUUUCUUAUUCGGUUACUGUGGGCUUGUGGUAUAGCGAAAGUCACGCUGACGUCAUCUGUUGAUAUUAAAGGGGCUAUGUCAGCUGGAGAGCAUGCGCUCUGAGGUUAUGCAAAUUACUUUCAACUGUAAAAAUUCUAUUGUUUUUAACGCGUGACUUUCUCCAUGUGCGCUGUGAGGUUAUGCAAAUUACUUUCAACUGUCAAAAUUCUAUUGUUUUUAACGCGUGACUUUCUUCAUGUUCUCUGUCACGUCCAAGGUUCCGAAUUUAGAGAGGUUUAGGGAAAUGGGUUUAGAUAAGGGAUAUUUCGAUAGAAUUUAUGGAACGUUUCUUCUCUGGUUAUGCUAGAUCAAGAAUAAAAUUGCUACGACAAUUUUACUUGUAGUUUUGAAGUAAAAACGCAUGCCAUUCAUAAAAUAGAGCGCAAACAAAAAUUCAACAACAACAUAUUGUCUUAUUCAACAAAAUAAAUGGAAGUUGUAUUUUACAAACGAGCUACAAAAGACGCUAGACCGAAGAUAAAGACCAAGACCGUUUCAAAUCAUAAACAAUUAGACUUGUCUGUCGCUAUUGAUUUUAUAAUUUAGAUGCUGAUAGAACAAGAGACCAAGUCUUUGUUUUGAUCUUAGGGAAACAUACAUUAUCGCGCAAAAUUGUUCGAUCGUGCCUAAUCACUGAGACGUCGAGAAAAACAGAACCCAGCAUCAUUGGUAUACUACUCCACUAUAAGCAGUCCGUUGAUAAAAAGGGAAAGCAAACUCUGCUAUUUUCCAAAAUUAUGCUCCAACACAAACAGUUCAAAAACAUGGCAUUUACAGGAUCUAACUCGUACUAAGGUGCCUCGAUCAUCUCUAAGUCCGUUGAGAACAAUCUGGACGAGCAAACGGUCGUGUUUAUCUUUGCCGUGAAUCGAGAUAAAUACAAGAAGGAAUCUAGCCGAAUUUUAGAAUGUUUCCUUCGCCAGAAGUUUAGUUUCGUCACGAAACUCAUGGCCUGAUGCUCUUGUAAUCGUUUACAAAAAACGGCCGCCGCCAACUCGAUAGCCGCUUCAUUAUAUGUCCACAUACUUUGAGCUCAAGAAAAAUCCAAGAGCCAGCAGCCUCUAAAAUAACUCAAUAGAAAGGUCCUGUGAACUAUAGGGAAGAUUCCAUCAAAGAUUCCAUCACUCAUUGUGGAGUAGCCGUCAUUAACUCUGCCAUUACAACGGCCGCUGAUAAGAGGACACAGUAAAUCCACGUAAGAACAUUCCACAGGCAAACAAUUUCAAAAUAACGCCAAAAAAUUGUUCUGUAAUCACCAUAGAAUGAUUCUUAAUACAAAACUUCGCUAACUAUCGAACGAUGGCUGAGAUUUAGACGGAUAAAAACAGCCUUCCAAAAUCUCCGACACAACUUGAAAAAGUUGGGCUGUCUUUUUCAAGUUUGUUUUCAUUGGCUCGCGCAUGCGUGUUGGGUGACAUAGCCCCUUUAAUAUGCCAAUCACAAGCGCGUUGGUUCUUGCAACAAAAGAUUCUUUUGUUUUACUACAAUCUCUGUAAAUAGUGAUGUAUCCUAUAGCUUGACUUGCGGUUUUGUUUUUCUUUAUCAGAGUAUGAAUCACUCGUGGCACGUGCACGUGAAACCCGAAGGAGGGGACACGCACGCUGCGAUGGGCGAGAGAUGCAAGAGUCUGGGGGGACAUUAUAAUCCUUACAAUGUUGACUUGGCUGUAAGUAUUGUCGCUAAUAUAAUAAACCUUAAGCUCUUAAUGGUAACUUACGAUCACGAUUCCUUUUAUCACUGCUUGAAAAGACAUGUUUUUUGCCAGGACGUGGCGACUAUGAAGUCUCUGAAAUGAGAUCAUACUUGUUACCGUUUAAUUAACAAGGAUUAACUUUAUUUUCUAAAUGACCUUAGGUAGUCCAGGAAAGGCAUAAGAAAUAUACUCUGCUGUUCUCGUGCACUAGUUUGCUAAUUUGCCGUGAGAAAAUACUUAUCUGAUAAUAACCAAAAGAAAAAUUUAAGAUGGUCAAACGGUUGCUCAGGCCAUGUAAAAAAUUUUGUCAGUUGUGAGUUAACCACAUUUGUAAAUCAUUUGUCACUUAGAUUUUGGGCUAUUUGUCAGUUGUCAUCCAUUACUGAAAUUCAAGCCGUUUUUCAAUUGUGAACAUGUUAGAGAGCCGUUCUGACUUACGAUGUUCAGAAUCGUUGGUUUGUUUGAUACACCUCCUAAUGGCAUAGCCUGACAUAUACUUAAAAAAGAACCAAAUAAAAAAGCUAAUUCUUUCCGCACACAAAAGUUAAAUGCUAUUCGGAAGGUGAGUAAGAAGAAUAUCAUUGGCAGUGAAGCUUGAUAAACCUUAAAAAAAUGGACUACAGGAUGUCGUGUUUCAGUUGCUAGGUUGUAGUGCUCUUACGCUUGAAAGAUCAUUUUGUUGUAUUCAUUACUUACAGAUCUAUACUGUAUGUUUGUGUUUACAGGGAUCGUAUAAGUCAUCCUGUUUUUCUAGCAACAUGUUGCGUUGUGAAGUUGGUGAUCUUUCUGGCAAGCAUGCGCGGUUGAAUGUUGGUUCAGGGAAGCAGUUUUAUACAGAUCCAAGCCUUCCAUUAUUUGGAGAAAUGUCAGGUAAAAGAAAAACCUUAACCUCUACUUACAUGUCAAUAGUUUCUCCGGGAGUUUUACUGUGCAUCACCAAAAUAGGAAGGAAACAGCACCAGACUGUUCAAGAAAAGAAAAAUGGUUUUACUUAAUGAUCAGUCAGUGGUCAUGACCACUUACAGCAGCUAAUUAAGUGUGUGAAACUGUUUUUGACCACUGAAUGGAUUUGCUAGCCUUUUUUAAUAGACAAUUUCGAACAGUGAUUCACUGAUGUGUGCAAUAUUAAUUUUUUUCCAGUUGUUGGUCGUGGGGUUGUCGUGCACGCCGAAAACGCUGGAGCAGCCCGCCUUGCUUGUGCUACCAUCAAACCAGUAGAUUCUCUGUAUGUUGAGAAGACACUACACUACGUAGAAGGGACGACAUUUUCCAGGUAGGUUUUGCCCAGUUGAAUUUGCAUGAGAUAGAUACAAAAAGGGCAACAACAAUUUCCAGCUUUUUCGGCUAACAUAGGGGCGGGGGCGGAGCGGGGGGUGCUUUAACACAGAGAUUGUUAUGUUGCUAUGGUAACAUGUUUUAAAUAUCAAGGAAAUGAUCUCCAUUUGCCCCCAAUAGUUGCCAUUUGUUUCAUACCACUUUUAAAAGGUGUCAGCAAAUGGUAAAAAUACAGACGCGCUUGUCAUCAAAGAGUAAGCUUUAAGGAAAAACACUGAAGGCUGCCACCUUAAGUGGGUGGCCGAGAUAACUUGUCAUAAAAUCGUUUAAAAUUGGCGCCAAAACUUCUGUUUUUCUCCCUCCUUUAAACCGUUUUGAAACUCAUAGUCAAGUACACCAGAUUAAAAAUUUCCACUUAUAGUUAAAUAGAGAAUCUGAUGCUAAUUUCCGCACAAGUUGUCGAAACGUCAGACAACUGAUUUUGCAGGCAGGUCAACACUCAACGGUUGAUCAUAUACGACGAGACCUGCUCGUAAAAUAACCCCUGAGUUUUGAUAUUUCACCUUCCAGUGAUAAAGGGAUUACGAAUUCCUCUGCCGUAAACUAUCACUACCGUACUCAUUAAAAAAAAUGUUAGAUAUAUAUUGCGAUUUUGAAGACGGCGAUAGCAUCAGAACGAAACCCGGGGAUGGAGGUGGGACGCGCCAAAGCCAGGGGAAAGCGCCCUGGGGACGAGGUAGGAUAUACACACUCCUCGCUCGAUCAUAAUAUUCAAGACAAAACUGAAUUUAAAAUGUCCUUUCGUUCUCUUGUAGAUUGAACUUUACAAAAAGGGUUUCAGCGUUGCUUAACAUCCCAGAGUGGCGGAUAUUUUACAUUAGAAUGGAGAACAGUCAAGUUCAAGGCUGUAUGACUGUCAAGUUUGGAAUCAUGGGAAAUGGUUAGUGGUAAAGUGUAAACCUUUGUUAGUCUCUCGAUCGACCCAUUUAAUAAAAUUGUUAUAGUCGAUGAGUCAAUAUAAAGGGGGAAAACUCAUCCAAUUCAUUAGAUUUCAAAGUUAUAAAAGCUUCAAUCUUUAAUUUUGUGCAAAGAAAUUAAUGUAUGUCAGCCCUCCUUGGUGAACUGCUUUGCCAAUUCGUCAUGAAAUUGAGAUUCAGAAACAAAGUUGCUCAAGUCAUAUCUGUUUUAAUUUAAAAGCUCGAAUGCUCGUCCGGUGUUCGCUGACUGUAAUCACUAUUUUUUAUUCAGAGGUGCUACGAUUAUAGCUUUAUGACAAAAGAAGAGUAGACUAAGAGUUAUUCAUGCUAAUGAGGGAGAAAUUUUGAACAAGGAUUACGUAAGGAUUCGCCUCUGGUGUGAUUGUUUACAAGUAGAGAGGUUUUAAUGAUUUAUAUCUUUUAUUCAACCACUGACAGAAAAGCAAGUCGAUGAACCAUCCAAAGCCUUCGAUCUAAUUUUACAAAGAUCCUCAGGAAAACUAAUGGAGUUUCAACCCAAAGAUAAAUGUCGCAAAGCAGGUAAGAAACAAGAGACAUGUUUUGCUGUAAAGUUACAGUGUGCAGAAAUUGCAAAACAAUAUAUGGAAUUUCCCAAUAUUCUGAACUACAUCAUGCAGGGAUCAUGUGCCAAUCUGAGGAUCGUUCUUAAACGCUAGGGCAACAGCAUUGUUUCUGACUUGCUCCUGGGGGAGUGCUUCAAUAUGAACGUGAUGGAGAUCUUUGGGGAAUGCCUGACAUGAUAUUUUGGCUCUUCCUAGCCUCUGUUGCUAGCCGUUCUUUGGUUCGUUUCCUUACCACACAAAAAUUGUAUUAGACUAAUCAAUACCCUGAGAGAUGAAUUCUCCCUAAAAGACUAGACAAAACUAGGAUCAAUUGAGUUCCGUGUCACUGACCUCCUACCCCUCCCUUAAGACACAAUGUUUCCCUAAGCGAGAAGUAAGUGUUAAUGUUGACUUAGGGAGGGGUAGGAGGUUAGUUACCCGGAACUCAAUUGAUCUUUGUUUUGUCUAGCCUUAGAGAAAAUUCAUUCAGUUACCCACAAACUCAAAACAAGCAAGGCGUGGCGUGGGUUUAAAAAGAAUCCUCUCACCCAUCUGGGCAGUACCCUCAAGACUGAACCGGGCCGUCCUGGACUUUGUGUCAGGACGUCUCCGACAUGUGUGAUAAGCAAAGUAAACGGGGGACGUCUAAAUUCAAGUAAAAUUGCAAGCCCACGUGUAGGUCGAGAGCAUGAACACCUUUUUCAGUUUUAGUUUCAGUUUAUUUAUUUGCCAGAAAAAAAUGUAUAUACAUAGCUAGCCGGAUUUUUUAUAACUUUAUCGCCAAAUGCCAAAUGGACCUUUUGCUUUUUUUUGGCAUUGUUUUUUUUUUCUCCUCCUUUCCUUCUCCUCUUUCUUUCUUUUUCUCCUUUCCUUAAUUUUCCUUCGUUACUAUGAUUUCGGAGCUUCUCGGGCAUAGGAAACAUGCAUGCCUUUUGACGCUUCUUCACUCAAAUGACUGCAAAUUUCGUUAGGUUGGUUUUCAAAAAAUCAGCUAGAUAUACAAACCGACAUUCAAUAUAUUACAAAAAUAUUUAGUUAAAUAUUGAGGAGACGUGAAUUGUAAGAAUUCAAAGUAUUGCACGAAGGCUAAACAACAAUCCUUGCAUCGCGAUACUGACGCCUUUUCUCUUCUCUUUUUCUCUUUUUUUUUCAGAAACUACGACUGUUGUUUCUACCAGUGCUGCAAGAGCUAAUUGCAUUAACAAGUUCAUCAUUCUUUCGAACGUUGUUUUAGGUAUAGCAUUGUGCAUACGCUGA